AACCGCUUGCAGGUUGUCGACCUCAGGGAAGCCGAGUGCUGCUGCCACCUCUCAAAAGCUCAACAAGAUUUGUCCGAACGACCUAGAGGCACACGACAUCCGUGCAUGCAUCGGUUUGCGCAUCAUGAUGGAAACGUCUUCGCCGCUGGCUGCCAUCCGGCCGGCGCCGCCAUCGACCUUCGGCCAGGCCGACCUUUUCGGACCUCACCUGGUGCCCAGCCCUCUCGGUCGAAGCCAAUUCGCUUUCCAUCCCCAAAAGGCCGAGUACUUUAAUCCCAGUGGUAUUCGCGGUUCAUCUCCAGGAACAUCAUUAGCGGCCGACCUAUCGCAGAAUUUCAAACUCAACGAUGCCAGUCCGAUGUUCCCGAACCCACGCCGCGCCCUGUUCACGACGGCCGCCAUGAUGAAUACCCUUGAGGGUCGCGGCUAUGUGACUACGCCGCCUCUACCACCUUCAUCGUCCCCUGGCUGUGCCGAGAUGAUGGAAAUGUCGCCAUUGCCGCACAAGGGACCUUUUGUGACUCAGGUCGAGAUCCCAUCGCCAACACCGGGCUCUGACGACACCCCUCUUCUCGAAUCCCUCGAAUCUCCAGGCCCGAGUUCAACUCCGCUACAAUCCGUGGCUGACAAUCGCAAAAGGCUUGGUCUUAGGCGGCCAUCCCUCAGCCGUGCAAAAGCCUUCACCUCAACCGGGGCCGGGGACCCCAGCCAGCUCGGUUCUUCUCCGACUUCGUGUAUAUCGAUGGCCGAGAGCAUGGAUGACUCGCCUUCCCAGGAACGGCGCCCUGAGAGCGCGGAUAGUCCCUGCGCUCACAUGGCGUCUGCACGGCCGAAAGCACAGUUCAACAGCCUCGCCGGCGUGAGCGGUGUGCGGAAUGGAUCACCCAUUACGAGCCAUUCCCGGAGGACAUCGAACCUAUUCCUGCGGCCACGGAAGCAGCAGUAUAGACGCUCAUUGAGCAUGUUCGAGAACCACGGCGAUGCUGGGAAGGCGAAGGCCGAAGGAAAGCUGAAUCCCUGCCUGGCGCUUCACUCGGUCAUGGACCUCGAUGAACCUCAAGAGCCCAUCCUGCCACACUUCUUCCUGGAGGACCGGGACAACAUUCCUCGCAUCACGCGCGAAACGAUGCUCGAUGUCCUAGACGGCAAGUACAACCAGCAGUUCGAUCACAAGAUGAUCAUCGACUGCCGGUUCGAGUAUGAGUACAAUGGAGGUCACAUCAACGGGGCGGUCAACUACAACGAUAAAGAGUUGUUGGCAGCCCAGUUGGUCGAGAACCCGAUCGAGGGCCGCACACUUCUUAUCUUCCACUGCGAAUAUUCGGCGCACCGGGCACCCCUGAUGGCUCGCCACGUUCGGGCCGCGGACCGGAACGCGCAUGCCCACGAGUACCCCAAACUCAGCUACCCGGAGAUUUACAUCUUGGAUGGCGGCUACAGCGCCUUCUUCUCGGAUCACCCAGAGCGAUGCUACCCGCAGGCCUACGUUGAGAUGAACGAUGCUCAACAUGUCAACACCUGCGAGCGGGAACUGAGCCGACUGCGCCAGAACCGCAGGGGCCUGGGCCGCGCGCAAACUUACGCUCUUUGACGCUCACUUGACACAUUUCCCAUUGACGACGCAUCACUUACUGACACAUCUGUCAAAUUUUUUCCUUUGUUUGUACGGCAUUAGACAUGUUAGCAUAGCGUGGCGUUAUACGAGCAUAGCAUUCCUGAGUUAGACGG